UUCGCUGCGUCGAAAGUCUCCUCCCCGCUACCGCUAGAUUCAGCGAUCCCGGACCCAGUCUCACUCGGACCGUUCUACAACUUGAUCCUACGAACCUGCCAGUACCUCACUGGGUACCGAGAGACAGAUCGGGAGAAUCUUAACACGGAUUGAGUACGAUUUGAUGCGGAUGGCGACUCCUUCAGCGAGAAUUUAGUAAAAGAAAAGUGCUCGGAAAUUUCAGACCCUCAGAUGCAGCAGUACACUUGAUCUCAGCAUCCUGGAAGUGGAAAUCACGGAAGAGACUGGUGCUUCAUCACAUACAGGUUCAGCGUGUAGCAGAGCCGGUUCUGAAGCAGGGCAGUCUGGGGAAAAGGCGGUGCAGCGGCCCACCUGUCCGGCAGAGGCUGUGCUGGGUGGCACCUCCGUGGCUGCGCAGAAUGUGGCCGGGCCACCCCAGCAUGCCCUGCAGCCAGUCGCAGCUGCCACUCUAUCACUGUCAUCAGUUGACAUCAGCACUGGAUUACAGCAGCAGAAAGGGGACUCAAAGACUGCAUGUAAAGAACAGGCCAUUGCUCACAAUCAACAAAACAGCGGCAUCAACAACUCAGAGAAGCUAUCAGCUGUCCAAAGAGGACCGGUGUCAGCUACUGCUGAAGACUCACAAAAGCUUACAGACACAUUGGAGACUCAGACUCCAUCAGCCAGACUUUCUGAGAGCAGGACGGAUAUUACGCAAAAACAAGGCUUGCUUUACGGGUGUAACACAAGCAAAACAAGGCUUGGAAACAGGGAAACCACUAUGGCAGAAGGAUCCAGCAAAGGCCACUGUCAAGAUUGGAGCCAACACCAUGGAGAUGUGGGCGGUGUCUCUGCCCCUUUUCAGACCGCAAAGGGACCCCUGCCUCCAGAGACAAUCAAAUUGGACAACAAGAACGUGUCUGGAAAGCACACAUCUGGAGAAAGCCCCAGUGCCCCAAAAACUGAAGUCACCCCAUCUGUCAAAAGUGCAGUUAAGUCAACCGAUAAAGGCAUGGAACACCCAAAAACAACUCUCCUUUUUCAGACAAAUCAGACCGGGGCCUCAUCUGUGCUGCAGAAACAAAGUACAACAAAUUCAGCGAAGCAGCUUAGUAAAUUUGACUCUAAAGAAACUAUGGAAGAUGUCACACAAGAUCUGCUUAAAUCAAACAAAGAUGUCAUUAGUGAAACCUUGUCAGCUGGGGGAACAAAGCAAGGAAUUAGUGAAAAUUCUAUUCACUCAGGAUAUUCAUCAAAACAAGGGGGACAGCACAUUACUCCCAACAGAGGAAAUAACACUCCAAAUGACUCUGAUAAGGGCAGCUGUUAUCCAACAGAGAACUGUAGUCAAACACAAAAGGCAAGCACGCUUCCAAAAACACCUGGCAUCCCCACCCUGGUUGAGAACAUGCAGUGUGUGCAAGAGCUAAGCUCACAGUAUCUUCAUACAAGCCCCAAAAUGGUUACUUUGUCUAAAGAGACUAGUACAAGGGGAGAUCUGUACUGUAAUGUGGCUGCUAAAGAAGUACUUUGCAAUGUUUCUGUUGAUGAACCAAAGUUGUCUGGGCAUGGUACAUGCACUGACACUGCACAGGUCCCCAAAAUGAGUGAAAGGUCACAGGUCAUGGGUUGUGGCUCUUCUGAUGCGAUUUUGAAACAGAAUGACAGUGCCAAUCAAAUAAAAAUAUCCAUGUCCUCAAAUUACCAACAGGAUGGGAGCAUACUGCUCACCCAUGCUGAGAACUGUGUGACUUCAGGGGGGUUAGAAUCAGACCAGCCAAAUCUUUCUGACUGUUUGGUUCAACAAGUACAAGAGUCCAUUCCAACAGACCAUAAACUCUCACAGAUUCAGAUUUGCCUGAACGACACACUGGAUAUUGUGAAUGAGGAGGAGAGGCAGGAAAUGAAUGCAGAGGCUCUCAAUGCUGUUGAAGUGAAAGAUUUGAUUGAUGUAGGUAUUUUAAUGCAGCCAGACAUGGAGGAUACCUGGCUGGUUGUAAGUGAGAUAGAUGGACAGCCUGAGGAUGCCGAGAUGGAGGUUAGCGAGCAGUCUCUGGUGCAGUGCCCUGAAUCCCAGUCAACUGUUGCUGUAUAUGAAUGCACUGUGCCCUGCUUUACAUCAGCUGCCAUUCACAGUGAUGUUAAGCUGCUGUUAACUGACAAAGAACAGGAACCAAUGGAAACAUUGACGCAAGACUUACAAGUCCAGAGUAAUCUAGGGUCUCAUCCAGCUACACUCAAAUCCACCGAAGAAUUAACCAUCAUGCCCUCUGCACAAAAAGAGGUAUCUGCUAUUGUCGAACAAAAUAAUGAUUCAAGUCCCACUCUUGCAAAAACAAUGACAGGGUUAUCGUCAACAGUGCUGGAUGUUACACUUGAUUCUGUGCAUGAUCAGCAAGAAUCUGUAGUGGUGGAAAACACCCCAGGUGUGUCGUUAAUUUCACUGGGCACGAUUGACCCAAAGCUACUGAUCUUAAAGAAGGGAGACAGAACUUCCCUUAAACAACCUUCUUCCCUGUCUGCUAGGAUUGCAACAAAGCAGAACUCCUCUAUCCUGGAUAAAUCACCUAGUGAUGAAUCGAACAAAGUUUCAGAGUGCCUUGCUAAAACUGAUACAGCUGCAUCCUCCAACUUAAAGGAUGUUAUGUUACCUGCUGACUACCCUGUGUCUAACACUCUUUCUCAAUCCCGGACUGUUUCCACUUCUAAUGUACUUUCACAGAACAGCUCAAAAGGAGCUUUGAUACUUCAAAAGGAAUCCUCUGCUGACACUUCAUCAACUUCAGUGAAACUCCAUAAUUCAGAAAGCCACCUUACUCCAUCUCCUGGAAGUGUCUGGGGUCCUGUGUCUGAUAUUGUCCCUGUGGGGAAUCAGUGUAAACAGUCUUCAGAUGGCAAACCACUCCAAGAUUUAAUAUCUUUAGGGGGUGCCCUGGAUUUGGAGCAGCAACAGUUACCAGACAAACUUUUGUCAACAGUGCAAGAUUCUCAGCACGCCAUCCUGGACCCUCUAGAUGCUUCUGUGGAAGAAAGCAGCGACGGAGAGGCUGAUAGCUCUUUAGAGGUCCAAAAUGAGGACAGUAAUGCUGUGCCCAAUCCAACAGCGAAUAAGGUUUGCCAGUGGAUUGCAGGCAAGGUUACAGCAGCCUCAACUCCUUCCACCUCCCCUGUGCCAUGUUCAUCUCCGUCUCCCUCAUCUAGUGACUGGAUUCGUUCUCAUACAGGCAGAGCCUCACCUAUACGCAACUCUCAUGGCAAAAACAUGCCCUCCACUUCCUCCCAGUGUUCCCAGUCAGAGCAGACAACCACACCAAAAUCAACCCCAAAGCAUACAGACUUGGCAGAACUGGCAAAGCAUGAAGCAGAAAUAGAACAUCGGACCCUUGCACUAAAACGUGAAGGUUUUUGGUCCCUGAAACGUCUGUCUCGUAUAACAGAACCAGUACGGCCUAAAGAUCACUGGGAUUACCUCUGUGAGGAAAUGCAGUGGCUCUCCGCAGACUUUGCACAAGAGAGGCGAUGGAAAAGAGGAGUUGCACGAAAGGUUGUGCGAAUGGUGAUGCGCCACCAUGAGGAGCUGAGGCAGAAGGAGGAGAGAGCAAAACGUGAGGAGCAGGCCAAACUGAGAAGAGUUGCUUCUUCUAUUGCCAAGGAGGUCCGUGCCUUCUGGAGCAGUGUUGAAAAGGUGGUCCAAUAUAAACAACAGUCCAGACUGGAGGAGAAGCGGAAGAAGGCUCUAGAUCUUCAGCUGGAUUUCAUUGUGGGUCAGACAGAGCGUUACUCAGACUUGUUAAGUCAGUCCCUGCAAGGCGCCCCUGUAGAGAGUUCAGACACAGCAGCUGCCUCUAAACAAUCACAGCCUAAUCCUGUUGAUGAGGAUGAUAGAGACUUUGAGCCCCCUUGUGAGGAAGAGGAUGACGAAGAGACUAUAGAUGUUGAGGAGCAACAGGAGGGGAAUGAUGCAGAGACACAGAAGCGAGAGAUUGAGUUACUGAGGGAGGAGAGCACACUGCCUCUUGACCAGCUACUCAGUACUUUAACUCUUCCCCAGGAUGUUGAAUCCGAGGAGGAGGAGGAGGAGUCAGAUGCUUCAUCUUUAACAGUUGAAGAUGAAGACAAAGAAUUCAGUGCCAAUGAAGAAGAUGCGGAAGAUGAAGAAGAAACCAUUGAAGCCCAGGAAGUUAUUGAAGGCGAGGGAGACCAUACAGAGGAACUGGAUGAUCUUGCUAAAGAGGGGGAGAUGAGCAUGGAAGAGCUCCUAGAGAAAUACAGAGGAGCGUAUGCCUCUGAUUUUGAGGAGCCCUCAGCAUCAGCAGACUCCUCAGAGGAGUCAGAAGGAACUGAAGAGGAGGCAGAGGAAGAGACCGAGGGAGAGGACAGUGCUGAUGAUAGUGGCUCCUCCUCAGGUGAGCUAAAAUAUUCUCAAGCAGCUGUAGAUACUGAGGAAGAAGAUGAGCAUGAUAAUGUGCAGGAGAGUGAUGAUGAGGAUGAUAGAGGAGAAGGAAUGGAGGUUUUGCUGAGAGAGGGUGAUCAGAGUCCUUCUGUACCAACAUCUCCUCGGCCUAAGAAAGAAAUAAGCCAUAUUGCUGCUACUGCUGAGAGCCUUCAACCUAAAGGAUAUACACUGGCAACAACAAAGGUCAAAACACCAAUUCCGUUCCUGCUUUAUGGUACCUUGCGUGAGUACCAGCACAUUGGACUGGAUUGGUUGGUCACCAUGAAUGAGAAGAAACUCAAUGGCAUACUUGCAGAUGAAAUGGGGCUUGGCAAAACCAUUCAGACCAUCGCUCUUUUAGCUCAUCUAGCAUGUGUAAAGGGUAACUGGGGUCCACAUCUGAUCAUUGUGCCAACUAGUGUAAUGCUCAACUGGGAGAUGGAGUUGAAGCGCUGGUGCCCAGGAUUCAAAAUCCUCACCUAUUAUGGCAGUCAGAAGGAGCGCAAACUGAAGAGACAAGGCUGGACCAAACCCAAUGCUUUCCAUGUGUGCAUCACCUCAUAUAAGCUAGUACUGCAAGAUCAUCAGGCUUUUAGACGCAAGUCUUGGAGGUACCUCAUUCUGGAUGAAGCCCAGAACAUCAAGAACUUUAAGUCCCAGCGCUGGCAAAGCCUGCUCAAUUUUAACAGUCAAAGGCGGUUGUUGCUCACAGGAACCCCACUCCAGAACAGCCUAAUGGAGCUGUGGUCUCUUAUGCACUUCCUCAUGCCACACGUGUUCCAAUCCCAUCGUGAGUUUAAGGAGUGGUUCUCAAACCCGCUCACUGGCAUGAUUGAAGGGAGCCAGGAGUACAACGAGGGCUUGGUCAAACGACUUCACAAGGUACUAAGACCUUUUCUGCUGCGAAGAAUUAAAGCAGAUGUGGAGAAACAAAUGCCUAAAAAAUAUGAGCAUGUUGUGCGUUGUCGACUCUCCAAAAGACAGCGCUUUCUUUAUGAUGACUUCAUGGCUCAGGCCUCGACACGAGAGACUUUAGCCAGUGGUCAUUUCAUGUCUGUGAUCAACAUCCUGAUGCAGCUGCGGAAGGUGUGUAAUCACCCAAACCUGUUUGAUCCAAGGCCCAUACAGUCUCCUUUCAUCACAAAGGACAUCAUCUAUUCUACUGCUUCACUGGCUCAGCAGGCUCUUGAGACUUCACCUUUUGAGCGCUGUGACUUAUUCAUGUUUGACCUGGUUGGCCUGGAACACCGUGUGUCAAGAUACCAGGCAGAUGUUUUCCUGCCUCAGAGGAAGGUAACACAUCAACUUAUUCAGGAAAUCAUGGAGUCCCCUGAUCCUCCUCCCAGACCCAGGCCUGUUCGCAUGAAGGUCAACAGGAUGCUUCAGCCUCUUCCUAAGACUGAUGGACGUUCAACAGCAAACAGCCCUCGUCCUCCAUGCCCCCCCACCACCACCACCACGGUUCAGACUCCAAAGCCUCUAAUCACAGAGGUGACCACUUCCCAAGCUCCCUCCCAGCCAGCAACUCAAGUUUGUCCUGUUGCUCCUGUCACUGCACCAAGAGCUCCGCUGGCUCCUAGUACCAUCCCUUCUGCACCUGCUGUCAGGCCGCCAGCCCCCCAGCCUGUGACGGUACGCCCUUCAGCAUCACCCACCAUCACAGCUGCUCCUCCUCCUCAACCUCCUCAACCAAGCAGCGUCAUGACUCAGAGGGUCCUGCUCAGCCCAGAUAUGCAGGCUCGUUUGCCAUCUGGUGAAGUGGUGAGUAUUGCCCAGCUGGCCUCCCUGGCUGGCCGACCGGUGUCAUCCUCUCAGGGCAGUAAACCAGUCACCUUUCAGCUACAGGGCAACAAGCUCACACUCUCUGGGACGCCGCUGCACCAGGUUCCUGUCCCUCAGCCACGGCCCAUUCAAGGAAAUGUAAUGCAUCUGGUUUCCAGUAGUGGGCAGCACCACCUUAUUAGUCAGCCAGCUCAGGUGGCAGUUCUUCACACAGUUAGUCAGUCAGUUAGCAGCUCAGCAAAUCCCCACCCAGCCAGCACAACCCCAACCUGCUCUGGACUAGCAGUACCUUUCACCACUGCUCAAGUCUCAACAUCCAUGGUAAGUGGACCUGGAAUUGUAAAGAUUGUUGUACGCCAGGCACCAAGUAAAGAAGGUGGGUCAAUCCCCACCCUGGCUGUGCCUCCUUCUCCUCGUCCUGCUCCUCCUCAGUCGGUCACACUUCAUCCACACGGCUCGCCAAGCCCUGUUCUUAGAGCGCCCACUGCUUCACAGCCUCCACAACGGCCUCCAGUUUAUGCUGCUCCGCCCAGAACUGUUGCUUCCUCCCAGACCCCACCAACUCGCCCUGUGUUGAGAGUAGUACAAGGACCACCACCACCAUCCCCAGAACCACCAGUAUCAAAGGCAAAUACCUCAUCAGCAUGUGAGGACAGUAAUGAAGUGAUUACUUUGCGAAUGAGCACUCCUAAACUUACAUCCUCAUCACAGAGCAGUAGUUCAGCAUCUCACCGUCCCCGCAUUCAGCCGCCAGCUCCACCACGUUCCCCCUUCUACACGUCCUGGCUUGCAGACACCCGGAAGGCUCAGCGAGAUGACCGAAUCUCUCAAAUCAUGCGCAUCAAUGAGCUGCACUGCACUGCUAAGCCUGUGUAUGGCCGUGAGGUGCUGGACUUUUUAACCUUCCUCCCAGGCCCUUGUCCAUCUCCAGCACGUCCGGUUGUAAACAACUGGAGUUACUCGGGUUAUAGUUCUUGUCUGAUUGCUCAGUCACAACAUACCAGUGACAUCCUGGAAAGGAAUACAUUUUUGAGGGAAGAGAUUCAUAACUCAGAGGAGAGGCUUCGGCUUCUCUCUGAUGUCAUAGACAGGUUCAUUUUUGUUAUUCCUCCAGUGGAGGCAAGACCUGUCACCAUGCACAGCUGCCACCCACCACCCUCCCUCAGACACCAGCAAGCUGUUUUCUCCUCGGAUCUAUCCUCUUAUGUCUCUCCACUUACACACACACUCCAUCGAAUCCAGAGUAACAUGAGGACGUACUUCCCUGACUUGAGGCUUAUUCAGUAUGACUCUGGUAAGCUUCAGACACUCCACCUCCUGCUUAGAAGGUUGAAAGCAGAAGGGCACAGAGUCCUCAUUUUUACUCAGAUGACACGCAUGCUAGAUGUACUUGAGCAGUUCCUGAACUACCAUGGACACAUCUAUCUGAGGUUGGAUGGAAGUACACGAGUGGAACAGAGACAGGCUCUGAUGGACCGCUUCAAUGCAGACCGUCGAAUUUUUUGCUUUAUCCUUUCCACCCGCAGUGGAGGUGUAGGUGUUAACCUGACUGGAGCAGAUACUGUUGUAUUCUAUGACAGUGAUUGGAACCCAACCAUGGAUGCCCAAGCUCAGGACCGGUGCCACAGAAUUGGGCAGACGAGAGAUGUCCACAUCUAUAGGCUGAUCAGUGAACGCACAGUGGAAGAAAAUAUUCUUAAAAAAGCCAAUCAAAAGAGGAUGUUGGGAGAUAUGGCUAUUGAAGGCGGAAACUUUACCACUGCCUUUUUCAAGCAGCAAACUAUUAGAGAGUUGUUUGAUGUGUCAGAAGGAGAAAAGAAAGAAGCUGAACUGAGUGUUCUUCAGUCAGAUGAUGAGGAGUCCAUCAAUAAACAAAAAACCACUAUUUUGGAACAGGCCCUGUGUCGUGCUGAAGAUGAAGAGGACAUAGUGGCUGCAUCUCAAGCCAAGGCAGAGCAGGUGGCUGAGCUUGCAGAGUUUAACGAGAAUAUACCUCUAGAUGAUGGUGACAGUAGAGACCAAGAAGAGGAAGAGCUUUCCAAGGCUGAGCAGGAAAUCGCUGCCCUAGUUGAACAGCUCACUCCCAUAGAGCGUUAUGCCAUGAAUUUUCUUGAGGCUUCCCUUGAAGAUAUUUGCAAGGAGGAGUUGAAGCAGGCAGAGGAGCAGGUUGAGGCUGCAAGAAAAGGUUUAGAUCAAGCAAAAGAAGAAGGUUUGAAAUUGCAUCAAUCAUCUGACAGUGAUGAAGAGGAUUCUGUACAUCCCAGUACAGAGGAUACUACUCCAUCCCGUCGCCCUCGCAAACACAAAGAGAAAGGUGCUCCUUCUACAAGGGUCAGUGGUAGGCUCAGAGGGACACCUGCUGAUGAUAUAUCUCUAACGCAGACAUCACCAGAGAGAGGCCGAAGGGCGGCCUGGUUGAACACUGAGCGCAGCAUAAGCCAAACCCCUGGGUCCACACAAAAGUCUCCCCUAAACAGAGAAGUGCCUGAGAAGCUUCGUAGUGGCCCACGAGGGCGAAGUACAACCAAAGAAUCUGCGUCAUUAGAAAACCAGACCAUACCAACCAACCAGCAGCUCUUAGAUUCAACAACCUUGUCCCCUGCUAUGCGGGAUUCAUACCCAAAAAUUAGAUAUGUACCAUCCCCUCACCAACAGUCCAUCUCCCCAUCAAGCUCUGUGCCUUCAGUUGCUGCAUCUCCUGCAUUGGACAGAGACUCUAGUGGCCAUCUGUCUUCCUCUUCUGUUGCAUGCAGAGAGGACAGUGAAGACCAAAAGGUUGAAGCAGGGUCUGAAAAUGUACAGAGCAGAGAUCGUAGAACCUCUAUAUCAUCAGACUCCAUCUGUUCUCCGGAGCACCACUCUGAACAGGAGGGUCAGCUCUCUCUAUCUCCCACUCUGGCAUCACCUAACUCUCGUUCACCACGAAAGCGGCAGUCUGCUGAAUGGGAAAUUCUCAAGGGACUUCCAGAAGAUUCUCCAUCAGCCAAGGUCCUUCGAAAGCUUCCAGGUCGUCUGGUCACUGUGGUGGAGGAGAAAGAGCCAAAGCGGAGACGGAGAGGCGUGAGUGGGGGUGGAGGGUUGCAGGAAAGUUCAUCAGAGGAGCCUGAAAAGACUGAGCCAGUUCAAGACACAGUCUCUCAUUCAUCUGAUGGAUCAACACAAACUCUUAAAGUCUCUCCUCCCAAAUCUGUUUCCACAUCCUUACAUUCUUCCCCACCAUCAACACCACGAGAGCAGGAACAGGCCUCUUCUCCAUUACCCUAUAGUUGUACAGGUCGAGGACACAACCCCUGUUCUCCAACACAUCAUUCUCCAGAUAUGCCUGUCCUGCGGAACUUACCAGUACGCCGAAGGCUAGAGACAGAGUCCCGAAUGGCUGCACAGUUAGGGGAGCAAUUUUUAGGUAGAGGUAGAGGAGUGGAUCGGAAAUCUGCAUUUACUCAGAAAAGAACAGAAACAAGUACUGACAAGGACGGUUCUGCUCCAUGUGACUCCAGUCUUAUAUCGAGGCGGAAAAGGGGCAGGCCACCGAAAACACCCCCAAGAGCACUGGAGUUGUCAGAAGACAACACACCUGUAAUUCAGAAAACAAGUCCUGAACGGAGUCCCCCUCACUCACCAAAACGGAAAAGGGGACGUCCUCGUAAAGAUUCCACCACAACUACAGGCUCACCCCCAUCUUCACCGUCUGCUGGUGCUCCUUCAUGCCAAGAGCCUAAUUUGUCAAGGUCUAAUGUCAUGCCCGAGGCUUUGCCUGCUGAGAGUAAAAUUUCACCAAUAAGCUCUCCAACACUCAACCCCACUUCAUCCUCAAAUGCUGCUGAAGUGUCCUCACCUCCUAAACAAGAUUCUGAAACAAUUCAAACCACUACAUCUGUUUUACUGUCCAUGUCUUCAUCAGAACCUGGUGUAGACUCGCAUGUUGAUACUCCCGCCAGUCCGAACACCAUAAUUUCAUGCAAUGACUCUGACAACAGUACACUUGUAUCUUUACCACACAGCACCUCUACAGCAGCACCCCAUGAAACUUGUACUGGUUCUUCUCCUACACUACAGUUUACAUAUUCUUUCAGAGAGCCUCCAGUUACUACUAUUCCAAUAUGUGCAGAGGAAAUUGCCCACACGUCUGUACUUUCUGAUACCAGUGAAAUCACUGCUUAUUCAGAAUCUUCAACUGCCUCAAUGGCUGCAGUAGAAGCUGAGGAAAAUUCAGUCACAGAUAAUCAGCAAGUAAAUCAUUUGCAGACCUCAAAUACAUCGACUCAAGUCACUUCACAAUGCGUACAUGAAACUGAUCCAACUACAGACAUUCCACAAACCACUUUAGAGCCUAUAUGCACUGUAGCUCCUACUCCCACUGAUCAGCCAUCCAUCCAACCUACUCCUCUCCCUGCUUUGACUUCUGAGCUUGAACCUGAAGCAUCUUCAUCUAUAUUGGAGGUACCAGAAACUUCUGCUGUACAAACUGUCUCAACAGUCCAAAGGUCUUUACCUCAGUCUGAACAAAUUUCUCCUCCGUCACCACCUCAAACUACAGCAAUUGAAGCAGAGUCAGAUUCACCAUCACAGCAAAUAUCUUCAUCGUCUUUACAAUCUCUAUCUGCCACUAAUCCAAUAACGACAGAUUCUUUGUCCACACUGAGUACAGAUGCAGAUUCUUCUCAAUCCCAAAACAUUGUGGUUGAGACCAUGAUUGAUAAUCAUGAAGGCCAACAUUCACCCAAGGAGGAAGUUUUAACUGAGGAGGAGGAAGUUUUAACUGAGGAAGAGGUUGUUACUGAGGAGGAGGAGCAGGAGGUUGUAACAGAGACUGAGGUUGUUACAGAAACUGAGAUAAUGGAAACAGACAGUGUUGCUGAGGAUGAUACAGUAGAAAAAAAUGACAUCUCAUCUCAGCCAAAAAAGAGGAGAAUGGAAUGUUUGCCAAAGGAUCAGACACCUAGUGCUUCAGGAGUUGCCUCAUCAGAUAUUGAGAGUCAUGAUGCUCAGAGAAGUGAUGGUCCUGAUAAGCCAUUAGAAGAGGAAGUACCAGAAGACACAGAAACCAGAUCUUCUGUCAGAACACGAAGCAUUAAUAGACAAAGCAGCCAGGAGUCAGUCCGUUCCUCUUCACCAUCUUCUGUUUCCUCAUGUGGUACAAGAUCAUCUCGGUCCAAGAAGGCUGCAGAGAACAAGAACCCUGUAAAAAGAAAACGGGGUGAUAUAAAAUUUGAAAAAAAGAAAUCUAAAGAGGUCUCUGACAAAAAGCACCAAUCCCACUCUUCCUCCUCAUCUUCAGACUCUGAGGACUCUAAUAGUGUAAAAAGAUGUCUGACAAGAUCAGCUCAAAAGAGGUUGGAGAAAGAGGGCACAACUGCUAAAAAUGAUGAGAGCAGUACGAGGCAAAAAGCAAGGUCUGACAACAAGGCUAAACCCACCAAUUCCACGGAAGGGGAGUCCAGCGGUGAAGUAUGUUCAAGAGUAACCCGGAAAUCUGGAGGCCCACAGUCAAACCCUUUAGCUUCCCCAGAACCUGAGGUACUGGGCAAACGCUGCUCGGCCCUUAAUGCUGCAGCCAAGCUCUUAGCAAUGAGGGCGAGAGGCCCAGACACACCCAGUUCCAGCCCCAAAAAUAAGACUCCUGCACAGCAAAGCAAACCAUUACCAUCUGAAAAAGUCAGUAAACCCAAGGUGAAACCAGGACAGGACUCUCCCAAGGUGUCUAACAAUAAAACAGAGAGCGGCAAGCAACCCCCUGGUCAGUCAACUGAAUCACCACAGUCCUCUUCUUCUGCUCGAUCAACUCGGCAGCGACCAGGCAGCCUGGUCGCCCCCUUGGAAGUGGAAAGGGUAAAAAAGGAAGAAAAGAAAAAGCCAUCUGAUCAGAAGGAAGAAGGUGAAGAUGAAAUAAGAGAGACCAGGUCUUCAAGAGGUCAUAGUGCCUGCAGUAGUAUAAGCAGUGAAAGAGGAGUGGGCAGCAGCAGAAGUCGGAGUAGCAGCAACAGUAGCCAGCGCACCCACAGUCUGAGCUCACAAAGUACAGACCCCAUACGCACCCGAUCCAGAGCCACUUCCUCUGGCAGUGAUACAGAAAGAAGCAAAAGUAUUCAGAGGAAAAGCGAUGGAGGCCGAGGCAGGGAGAGCAGAAAAGAGAAAAAGUCCCAGAAGCUUGACAAAGCUGAGCUGAGUGCUGGAUCUGGGGACGGGACUCCAGACAGGGUUCUCAGGAGUGUUGCUGCACUUGCAGCUGCUCAUGCACGUACUCCAGCUAAUAACACACGCUCCUCAUCCUCCCAAAACCGGCACUCCAAAACGUGAUGGAGAAGUUGCAUUUAGGUUUAAAAAGAAGUUAGAUCAGAAUUCCAGAGAGAAGAUAAUGCCUAUUUUAUGGAGGAAAGGGGAUCAAUUUAAUUAAAGGCCAUGGUUUGGCUGUAUGAGCGAAGACGGGAAAAGAAGAUCUGUUGCACAUUGUGAUUAGAUCUAACCUCGCUUUUUCCCUCUCAGCUAUCUUAAGGCAAGCCAUUUAUAAUGUGGAAAGGGUAUGUAGAUGCUGGACAAUGAUGAAGAUUUGGUCUUGUAUUUAAAAAUGUUCUAAUAAUUUGGGUGAUAUUUUACGCUGCCACAAAGACUUUGGAACUUCAAAGUAGCUGGGCGAGAGGCAAGAUUUAUUGUUUGUUCACACUAUGUACUGUAAUCAAAGACUGGAAAUACUAUGUGAAAUAUGUUAGAAAAUUGGUCACAUAGACUGUACACUUUUUACAGAGUUUACUAGUGCUGCAAAUGGUAUUGAUGAGGAAGACGUUCAUUAAUGCCACAUUGAAAUGAUUUAGUGGGGAUUGUACAAUUGUAAAGUUUUUAGACUGUUGCGUUCUGGAUUAUGUUUGUCAGCUGUUUUGAUGAUUGUUUAUUUCAAGCCAGUUGAUAAAUUAAGAAAAUAUCUUCUAUAUCUUCCAGGGUAUGAAGAAGAGAACAGGUCUAAAAAAAAAUAUUUCUCUGCUCUAUGCUGGAGUAACUAUUUGCUUAGGUCACCUGUCUUGUAUAACGUUUCAGUCAAUUACUUUUAAAUUCUGCUGCUGCCUGCUUUUCCACAAUUGCACAUCUGAAAUGUCUAAGACAUUGAUGAAUGCAUUGUAAUUUAGUUUUUUUUUUCUCCUUCAAACAUCAACUUGUCAGUACAUCCUUACUGGUACCUCACUGCAUUUUGUAAGCUCUAAAGUAUGUGUAUCUCUUGAGCUUGUGAUGAAUCUUGAAAUUUGCUUGUCAUUUGCUUUAUAGCAGUACAAAAUGGGAGACAUCUUGCUAUUUUUCUUAUCUCUUUCCCAAAGUGUUAAUCAUUAUGAUCAUCUUUACACAUUAAGUCGUAUUCUCAACACAGAAUCUAAAUGAGUUUGACAAAAUGAGAGUGCCUGUUGAUCCAUACAAGGAUCCAUGUUAACGUAUAGAAGUUUGCUCAUCUGUAGUGCUUUAAAUGUAAUAAGCUCUUCCACCCUUCAUCGUAACAGCGACAUUUUUGUUUGUGAAGCCUAAACUGAAGUCAGUUCUCCGGUUAAAAUCGUCAGUUCUCCCAUCUUUCACCCCUCCCCCCCCGGCUCUUCUGGAGUAUUGGCCCAUUUUAUUAAGGGACUGAUGCUAAGUGCAUAAGAUACACCUGAAAUAACUUAAGAAAAAAAUCUACUUUUUUAUUUGUAUUUUUUGGCUCAAUAUUGGCAGUCAGGUGAGAUGUAAGAUAGCUUUCUUUGCCCUUGUUGGACAGAAAGAUGUUUGGGGUAUUUAGUAGAACAUGGUGAUGGUCUUAUUUUUAUUUCGAUUUGUGUCUAUUCUAAUUUGUUACAUUCCUUAUGUUCCCUUGUAAUUCCACAUUGUUUUACUUGAAAGAUUGAAACAAAUGUAAGUUGAAUAAAAGACCAAAAAUACA